UGCCUAUCCCCUUCUGUGUGUUGCCCUGUCAUGGCAGAAACAACACAGACAUUCAGAUUCAGAUACAGCCCAGAAUUCAAUUCAGACUGAUCUGAGGACUAACCUUGGCAGUAGAGAUUUCUCUGUCAUAAUCUGUGUAUAUACUACUCUUUAUAUUAGAAAUCGGUUGACAGGUAGACAUCUAUUAUUUUGGUUUGUAUUUGUAGACCACUCACGUGCGAAGCCGGUUCUCAGUGCUUUUAUUUACGUUUUUCGUUGUUCUUUGUGAUCAAAUGUGAUACCAACAUUCUUAGUGUUAGACCAAAAUACAUACCAGUGAUGUUUCAGUGCAUUAUACAGCAGAAGAACGAUUGGAUUCACUCCUACAACACAGAAAAUAAAGACGUAUUUCCAGAUAUCCGGUUGCAACUUAACGAGCAACUAAGAUGUCUGGACGUACGGAUGGAAGCGCAAGUUGCGGUUCUGACAGAAAUUCAAGACUUCUUUCGCAGAAGAGGAGAACUAGAAUUAGAUUACUCAAAAAAUCUAGACAAAUUAGCAAAGACGCUUCAUUUUAGACAUAAGGAACAAAAACAGAAAAGGGAGCAAUGGCCUUUAUUCUCCAGUUACACAUGCUGGCAACAAUUGGUUGCUCAAACCAAGAACCUCAGUAGGGACCAUGCUGCUUUAUCUGAAGUAUAUUCCAACCAUUUAGUGGCCCGUCUCUCUCAAGUUAUGGAAGACGUACAGAGAAUUUACAAGAGAUGCCGAGAGAUAGGUUAUGAAACCCACGAAGAAAUUCUCAGAGUUUUACAUGAACUUCAUACCACAAUGAAAACAUAUCACAGCUACCAAGCCGAACUUCGACAAGCUGACACUAAAUUACGAACUGCCGAACUACAAAGAAGCAAACUGGAGCAGAGCUUCUCUCAGGAUAAGUUAGAACGAUCGAAGAAGUACAAAUUGAUGGAAAAAGAAGUAACGAAAAGACGAAACAAAUACACUGACGUCAAAUUAAAAGCCCUUAAAGCUAAAAAUGAGUAUUUGUUGUGUUUAGAAGCUGCAAACACUACGAUCCACAAGUAUUUCGUUGAUGAUCUCUCCGAUUUAAUCGAUUGUAUGGACUUUGGUUUCCACAAUUGUAUCUCCAGAGCAUUAAUGAUGCAUAUAACAGCUGAGGAAGGCCGUCAAAAAUCUGUACAAAGUGAUUUAGACUCAUUAUCAGCCUGCAUCAAUUCUCUAGAUUCCCGAUUAGACAAACAGAAGUUUUUAGAAAAUAACCAUGCUGCGUUCAUGAUUCCUAAAAAAUUGGAAUUUCAACGUCAGAAGACUGAUGAAUCUCCAGAACCUGCAAUUCAGAGUAUUCUACACCGAGAAAUGGAAACAAGACUGACCCAAUUACAGCAGAGAGUGACUUCACUUCGAGCAGAAUCUGAAGAAGUGUGGAAGACGCUAGAGACAGCAGAGAGUACUCUACUAGAAAUGUUAUGUGCCAAGGACUAUGACUGUAGCGGUUAUUUUGGUGACAAUGCAGUACCUGCUAGCAAACCCCCUGAGACUGUUUCUAUAAAGCUUAGAGCCGAUAGGCAAGAGACUGAAGAAUUUUAUUUAAUUAAAUUUCGAGAAUACCUUUUAGGCUCAACAAAAAUUGCAAGACUAGAUGCCAAGCAGGAGUUCUUACGACAAUCUUUAUUGGCAGAAGCACCAGAUUUUUGCAAUUCGAUCAAACCUGUCAUUAAAACACCAAAGCGCAAAAGAAUCGGAAGGCUACAAAUGAGCGGACAACCCAAACUGUUUGGAGGCUCAAUCGAAGAAUACCAAGAAGCCACAAAUCAAGAAAUACCUCUCAUCAUGAGGUCAUGCAUCAGGGUGAUAAAUUUAUAUGGUUUACAUCAUCAAGGAAUAUUCAGAGUAUCUGGUUCCCAGGUAGAAAUUAACAACUUUCGAGAGUGGUUUGAGAGAGGCGAAGAUCCCUUGGCGGAUAUGACAGAUGCUUCUGAUAUUAACAGUGUCGCGGGUGUCUUGAAGUUGUACCUCAGAGAGUUAAGAGAGCCACUUUUCCCGAUUAUAUAUUUUGAACAGUUCAUGGAAAUAGCACAAUUAGAAUCUAAGCAAGAUUUCGUAGUCAGAAUGAGGGAACUGAUGUGUAGUCUUCCGAGAUCAGUAGUAGUGGUACUCAGAUAUUUAUUCGCCUUUUUAAAUCACUUAUCAGAAUUCUCUGAUGAAAACAUGAUGGACCCUUAUAACCUAGCUAUUUGCUUUGGUCCCACGUUAGUCCCUGUACCAGAGGACAAAGACCAAGUGCAAUACCAAAACCAAGUCAAUGAACUUAUUAAAAAUAUUAUUCUCUUCAACGACGACAUAUUUCCUAAUGAUGGAGGAACAGUUUAUGAAAAGUAUAUUUCUCCGAAUUCUGAAGACCAUGAUGUUGGAGAUUCUCCUGAUCAGGCCCAAGAAGACAUGGAUUCCGAAGUAUACCCAUCUGAGGAUGAUUCAGAAAACAUCGAAGCUACUGCACAAUUUGACUUUAUAGCUAGAUCUGACAGGGAACUAUCCUUGAAGAGAGGCGAUUCUGUUACUUUAUAUUCACAGGUCUCCAAUGACUGGUGGAGAGGAACUGUUAAUGGUCAAGAAGGCUUAAUCCCUGAUAAAUAUAUAUCUUUAAAAAUAAAAGAUGACGACAGGGACAAGGUCGGGCUAAAAUCCAGUUCUUCUGAAGAGUCUGUCCAAAGACGAACACUGAAUUCCAAGGAUUCAAUGCUUUGUGACUAUUCAUCAAUAAGCAGUUCUAACAAUUCGCCAGUUGUGCAGUAUAGUCCUGUAACUUGGAAUAAAGUGUCCGAUUUAGCUGAAUCAAUUGAAAAUGCAACAGUUUUGUUAAAUCAGGCAAGAGAGCCUACCGUGCUCCCAAAGAAUGAACCUUCAGAUGACGCCAAGACAACAGAAACCCCAAAAGACUCAGAAAAACCACCUGCAACGCACAAAACUCAAGAAGACAUAAGUAAAGCAGAACAAGAAAAACCCCAAGCUCAACCCCAACCACAAGCAGAAAUUGAUGAAAGUAAUGUGAAUUUUUCAGAAAACCGCGAAUUAUGGCAAAGGCGUGCCAUUCUGGAAUCUACUUUACUUGGUUCGCCAAUUUUGAAAACACACAGACUUUCAGAGCCUCAUAUACAAAGGCACAGUCAUACACCCGAUCUGGUUAUGGACUUACCCAUGUUGGCUAGUGUUGCUAGCAAGGAACAACUCACAAAAUCAGCGUUAACUUUGGCUACAACUACUGACGUUGCAUCUGAUAAAGAGAAAGAUAAGGAAACUAAGGCCACGGAAGGAACAUCAGCAAUAGCUCUGGACCCGUGUCCUGAUGCUUCAGCUGAUAAGGAUAAGAAUAACGAAAAUGAUAAGACUCUGGAUAAGAAUAAGGAUAAUGAUAAACAACGGAAGAUUAAAGCCGUAGAAGGAAGUUCAGGUGCCGACAGCCCAGACAUGCAGACCGCGGCCGAGACAUUCGCCAAACAAAAUCAGUGCACGUUGAAAAAGAACAAAAAGAAUCACGUUACUGAAACUGACGAGUAUGUCACAAUAACCAGUCCCAUGACAGAAAGGAAGUACGCCACGCUAGAGCCAAAUAUGACCAUGACAUCAACAUUUAAGCCUGCUGGAGAAUCGAAACCGAUGGUGCUCAAAAAACCCGUAUUUUCGAUGCCACUGAGGUCUGUGUCCAUCGAAAUGAUGUGCAAAGACCCUCCUGAUCUUCCAACAUAGUUCUAUAUAUUUUUUAAAGAGCGGUAUUUGUUAAUUACAAUUUUUUUAUGCACGAUUUUUGUGAUUUUUUUAUUGGGUGCUUACUACCUAGCGAGUCAUUUUUAAGGGGAAAUGUUUGCUUAAGGUCGUUUUUAUUUUUAAUUGCUUUCAAAACACUCUGUUAUAAUCGUAAAUGAAAUUGAAGGUGUGUUAGACUAACAUUUCCAAUAGUCUACUAAAGAAAGUCUGACUGAAAUAUUUGUGCAGUUAUUAUUAAAUGUUUAAUUUGCCUAGGCUAUAAAUAUUCUAAGUAUUUUAUCCUCGUUUAAGAUAAUAUCAAGACGCUGUUAUUCAAAACAUUAUUCAAUUCAGGGGGUCAGGGUGUCAUAUACCGGUCAAGAUGUCUACAUACUAAGCGAUCCUGAUUUUGUCAGCUAAUAGCCCGUAUACACGACAACGAUUUUUCGUAAAGAUGUGACUGUGCAGUUCGUUGGUGUCGAUUUUUCGAACGUGUGGACGAAAAUCGAGGCAAAUUUUUGGUGGUGGAAACGAUCGACAGGCAGGAACAAAAUUUAUUCGAUAAAUCGUUGUCGAUCGCGGCUGCACAGUUCUAUCGUAGCGUGUAGACGGAAGUUAGAACGAUCAUUAAGUUCGUUCUCAAGUCUUUUGACUUUGAUUGAUUUAUUUCAAGUCAAAAAUACAUAGUACCCAUAUAUAAGGGGUAAUUCUACAUAAAAAAAUAAUAACAGUUUGCUCUAUAAGCAUCUGUCCGCAAAUGCUUCGUUUCCAAGAUACGGGGUGUUGAAAUUUUUAUUUCAAACUGCCGGUUUAUUUAUUGCUCUAAGACCGGUUGAGCUAUGCAAAUGAAAUUUGGUGGGUUUUAAGAGGUAGUUAUUGCGCAUUUUUCUACAUACAGUUAAGAAUUUUGUAUUCAUCACUGGCGCGCAUACGGGUAAUAGUCUGAAUUUUUUUAAAGAAAAAAAUAGUACGCCACUGAGAUAUUUCAAAUUAAAAUUAUUUUUAAAUUCCACGUUUAAAUUUUGAUAAAAAAAACCUUUUUUUUGCCUUUUUUUUUUCAUAUGGUGCACCGUUUUUAUGCAGAAAAAUAAAACAUUUUGACGUGUAUUUUUCAUUUCUUGAUACAUUAUCAAGAACUAUCCAAUAUAAUAAUAAUAAACUAGAACAAUAACAGAAAAUAGUACUAAUAAGAUUUUAACUAGGUGCAAAGCUGCAAGAAAUGUUUAAAAUGAUCUCCUUUACAGGUAACAGAAGAAUAUUAUAUUCAUCUGAUCGAACUGAUCGAACCAGGUAUGGCACGUAAUGUUCCAAAAUCGGUCGCUUUUGCGCAUGACGUAGUAAAGAUCCUUCUUCACGCAAUAUUUGAAUGUAGUUUUAUAGGAAAGACUUUUUAAUUUUUAAUUUUAAAUUUUUGACAUAAUUUGGCUAAUUUAAUUAUAGUAAUUAUAAAGAAAUGAUAAAGUUGUGUUAUUAUAUUUAAUAAUAAAAAAUAUUUUGUAGCUAAUUUAAUUUUGUUGAUUUUUGGGUAGUUAUUUUAGCGAGGUUUUGAAACUGAUAUUUUAGAAACUUUUAUUUUGUUAACACAGAUAUCCAUUAUAAAGCAUUUUUUUAUAUUAUUUGUUUAUUAUACAUACAGGUUGAUCAAGUGGUACUCCAGAGUUCGAUAUUUCAGGUGUUUAAGGAUACAAAAAAAGUAAUAUCCACAUAAAAAUGGGUCGCUACAAAUUAUAAAAUUAUUUUCAAAUAUACAGGGUAUCCCACUUCUUAAUUUGUUGAUGAUCACUUUGUAAUUUAGGUACUCAAAAUUUGUAGCUACACUUGCGUCCAGACUUAAGUACGAGUACAAACACCAAACACAAAAACAAAUACACGAAAGCAAAUAAAACUAUAUAAACACUAACGAGUAAAUGUUCUUAAAUUAGUCUAUAGUCUAUACAAACUAAAACACAUAUAUACUAUCCAAAAAACUGAAAAAAUCGCUAAAAACGAGUUAAUUAUAAGAAUUUUGCAAAAUAAUCCACAUAUAGUAACUACGUAACUACCAUUACAAAUAAUGGCACACAUGGAUCUUUGCUACGUCACACGCUUGACCUCAGCUGUCAAAUGUCAUGCGCAAAAUUGUACCUCAAACUGAUGAUCGAUGCAGAUAUUGGAGACGUGUGGACACCAUUGACAUAUUAAGCGUAGACAAGGCAUACUCACCAAAAAAGCGUAACGCGGAAACAGCAUGGAAACAGUCGAUCGGUGGUCUAUCUAUCUCUUUUAACUAAGCGAUCCCGCGCAUGUGACAGACAAAUAUGGCUAGACCACUCAAUCCUAUGUCGGCGUUACACCUCGAUGCAUUGAGUGGCAUAUGACUAGCCCGGUCUAUCCUUAACAUUUCUCUGGUGGACACUCAAUGGACGUUCAAUAAACUGCACCAACGAACUGUUCGAUCACAUCGCUAAGAAAAAUCGUUGUCGUGUAUACGGGCUCUUAGACAGAGCUCAAAAUCAGACAGAGAGAUCGAUGGUUUGAAAAGCAUGUACUUACUUAAUGUAAAAUUGUUUUUAAAGAUAAGUAAAGUAAUUGUAUAAAUUA